AUGGAAGGUGGUCACGGAAUCCUCCAAUUUAACAGAGGAAGAGCACCUGUAGAAUGUACAAAUGACGAUGUAUUUGGAGAUCUGUCACAAGUCAAACUCCAGGAGCUAUUAAUAUUUAGUUUUGAAAAGAUUGUAACUGCCACUAACAACUUUCACCCAUCCAACAGGAUUGGACAGGGUGGUUUUGGUCCAGUAUACAAGGGUAAAUUGCAAGAUGGUCAGGAAAUUGCAGUUAAAAGACUUUCUCGAACAUCUGGACAAGGUGUAGGAGAAUUCAUGAAUGAAGUAGUAGUAAUUUCUAAGCUGCAACACCGCAAUCUUGUGAGACUUCUUGGCUGCUGUAUUGAAGGGGAGGAAAAGAUGUUGAUUUAUGAGUACAUGCCAAAUAAAAGUUUGGAUGCAUAUGUCUUUGAUCUGACGAAAAAUAUAGUCCUUGAUUGGAGAAAACGCUUUAGCAUAAUAGAAGGAGUGGCUCGAGGAAUGCUUUAUCUUCAUAGAGAUUCCAGGCUAAAAAUCAUCCACAGGGACUUGAAGGCAAGUAACAUCUUGCUAGAUGAGGAGUUAAAUCCGAAAAUAUCCGACUUUGGUAUGGCUAGAAUCUUUGGUGGAAAUGAGGAUCAGGCUAAUACUAGAAGAGUUGUUGGAACAUAUGGUUAUAUGUCUCCUGAAUACGCAAUGCAAGGACUAUUUUCUGAGAAAUCAGAUGUCUUUAGCUUUGGAGUUUUGCUGCUGGAGAUUGUUAGUGGAAGACGAAAUUCAAGCUUCUAUGACAGCGAGAAUUUUUUGACCCUUUUAGGAUUUGUUUGGAUGCGGUGGAUGGAAAAUAAUAUAUUAUCUAUAAUAGAUCCAAGAAUAUAUGAUCCUAGUCUUCAUAAAGAUAUUUUGAGGUGCAUACACAUAGGACUUCUAUGUGUGCAAGAAUUUGUUGCAGAAAGGCCCACUAUGGCUACUGUAAUUUCUAUGCUUCAAAGUGAGAUUAUGAAUCUUCCUCCUCCAACAAAACCUGCGUUCACCCUAAGGCAUAAUAUGUUAAGAUCAAUGUCCUUUGCAAUUGUUAGCAUUUCAAGCAUUCAAGGAAGAUAGAGAACAAAGUGCUUUGAGAAAGGUAUAUGGAGGCAAUGAAGAUUAUGUUAAUAAUAGAAAGGUUGUAAGAAAUUAGAACAUUGUAGGUAGACCCUUCUUUUUUGUCAGAAGGUAUACAUUGGAUUGACUAUUUAGGUAGAAGUUUGAACUCUGAAGUGUUUUUUAUUUGGGCAUUCCUUUCAUAAGGUUUACUUCUAUUGAAAAUAUUUUGUGAAAAAUAUAG